GCUACUUGGACCAGGGUCUGCUGGUGCGUGACGCCUACAAGCUGCGUCGACACUACUUCCAUACAAAAGGCUGGUCCAUAGACGUGCUCUCAAUGCUGCCCACCGAUCUCGCCUAUAUAUGGUGGUCGCCGAAUUCAUGCAAUGCCAAAAUGCUGCCCUGCCCCGUGAUAGUACGGCUUAAUCGUUUGCUACGCGCUCCACGCCUGUGGGAGUGGUUCGACCGCACGGAGACUGCUACUGGUUAUCCGAACGCCUUUCGUAUUUGCAAAGUGGUGCUCGCCAUUUUGGUGCUGAUCCACUGGAAUGCCUGCAUGUACUUUGCCAUUAGUUAUGCUUUAGGUUUCGGCACGGAUAAUUGGGUGUACAAUUUGAAUGGAAUUCGGAACAGUACCCUGCAGAGGCAGUAUAUUUAUAGCUUUUACUGGUCUACAUUGACGCUGACGACGAUCGGCGAGACACCAACGCCGGAGAAUGAUGCGGAAUACCUAUUUGUAGUUGCGGACUUUUUGGCUGGUGUGCUUAUCUUCGCCACCAUUGUGGGCAACAUCGGUUCGAUGAUUUCAAAUAUGAAUGUGGCACGCGUCGAAUUUCAAAAUCGCAUGGACGGCGUCAAACAGUACAUGGCCUUCCGGAAAGUUGGUCACGAGUUGGAGGCGCGUGUGAUUCGUUGGUUUGCCUACACUUGGUCGCAAAGCGGAGCACUGGACGAGGAGCGCGUAUUAGCCGCACUGCCGGACAAGCUAAAAGCGGAAAUUGCCAUACAAGUGCAUAUGGACACACUGAAACAAGUGCGUAUCUUCCACGACUGUGAGCCCGGGCUGUUGGAGGCGUUGGUGCUGAAGCUAAAACUGCAAGUUUUUAGUCCGGGUGAUUACAUUUGCCGCAAAGGCGAUGUUGGCAAGGAGAUGUACAUAGUAAAGCGCGGUAAAUUGUCGGUGGUCGCCGACGAUGGUAUCACUGUAUUUGCGACACUCGGUGCCGGCUCGGUGUUCGGUGAGGUGUCAGUGCUGGAGAUAGCGGGGAAUCGCACGGGCAAUCGACGUACGGCCAAUGUGCGUUCGCUAGGCUAUUCGGAUCUCUUCUGUCUGGCAAAGCGUGAUUUGUGGGAAACGCUGUCCGACUACCCCGAAGCGCGUGCCACGCUCACUGAGCGCGGCUGCCAGUUGCUACGCAAAGAUGGGUUGCUUGACGAAAGUAUAUUUGCGGACUCUCAGCGCGCACACGACAGCAUCGAAAGUGGCAUCGAGAAACUGGAAAUGUCCGUGGAGAAUUUAAAUGUACGAUUGGCGCGCUUGCUUGCCGAGUACACGGCAAGUCAGGCGAAACUGAAGCAGCGAUUGGCGAAGCUGGAGGCGAACUAUCAAUUAACAAGCAACUCCAAUGGGGGCUUUGGUGCCGGCGGUGAACCACAGACACGUCCUCGCAGCGGGCGACUUUACUCACUGCAACCAAAAAAGCGAACGCGACAAAAACGUUUAUUAACAGCGGCCAAGUCCAACGACAGCAAACAGAAUACAUUGUAAAUAUGUAUUUUGCGCAGAGCAUUUUCAAGCCAAAACCAGUGACACUACGAAUGCAAGCAGCAAUGGAUGGCAACGACUCUAUUAACUUCAUUCCCUGGCACAAUGAUAAAUAGGAGUUGGUAACAGCAGCAAAGGCGGUUGCAAAAAGGGAAAACAAGCGAGCAAAUUAGCCAUCUUUUUUGGGAUGAAAUGAGCAGAACCACUCGUCUGCAGCUGAUUACCGUUUUUGGUUUUUCACGGCUACUCGGCGUGUCUUCUAUGUCUGUUGGCAUUGGCAUACAUAUUUUUUUACUGUUUCUCUUGUUGUAUGUAUAUGCUGUUGUAGUUGAUUUUAAAAUUCAUCCGCUAAGCUACAAAGCCAAACCACCUUCCCUCUCUCUUAUCCUAAGUCAACUUGCACGUGCCGAUGCUCUGAGAUGCGAUACUAAAUGGUGAUAAAUGAAUUGAAAUUCACAAAAACAAAAAUGAAAUAUACCUAUGUGUGUAAGUUUAAAUAAGAGUAAGUUUAAAGUAAAAUACAAAAAAAAAAACAAAUGGAUAAAAAUUUAUGUAGAAUUUUUCAUAUACACG